CCCCCGCCCUCCGCGGGCACGCAGGCCAUCACGCACUCCCUCAGGCCGCCGCCAUCGCAGGCUCCUCAGCGAGCGCCUCAGGUUUCCUGCUCGGUGACGGAGGGCCAUGAGCGGCAGCGGCGGCUCCUGACGGCGGCGCCGCUGAGCCCGCCUCGCUCGCUCGCUCCUCCUCCUCCCUUCGCGCCGAGGAUGCUGAAGAUGAAGCUGCCGGUGAAGCAGCAGCAGCAGCAGCAGCAACGGCAGACGAUGAGCCACCAGGAGGCGGACGACGGCGGCGGCGAGGGAGCGGCGGUUGGCGGCCUGGCCAGCCACCCGCGCCGAAGCGGCUCCUCAGGGGCGGCGGCUUCCCCGGGGCCCGGAGGCCCGCCUCUGCGGUGCCUCUGCGGCUGCUCGGCCGGCGGCGCCCGCGAGGCGGUCUACGAGUGGUUCGGCCUGGCGCUGGGCUCCUCUCAGCGGCUGGAGUUCGCCGUGGGGCUGCUGGACCUGCUCAACCCGCUCGAGCUGCGCUUCCUGGGCUCUUGCCUGGAGGAGCUGGCCCGAAAGGACUACCACUGCCUGAGGGACUCGGAGGCCAAGGCCAACGGAGGAGACGCCGCCCCGGCGGCCACCGGCAACCCCGCCGCCGCCCAGGCGCAGCAACAGCAGCCGCCGCAAGCCCUCACGCCGACGCCGCCUUCCCCCCCGGGCGCCGCUGCAGCCGCUGCUUCCCCGCCUCCGGCCGCGCCUGCCCCGCCGCCGGGGGGCAGCGACUUCCGCGACCCGGCCGUGCGCUCCAAGCUCAUCGUGUACUUGGCGCUGCUGGGCUCCGAGAACCGAGAGGCGGCCAGCCGGCUGCACCGGCUUCUGCCUUGCGUGGACGCCAUCCUGCAGAGCUGCCGGCCCGGCGGCGAGGAAGAGGAGGAAGCGGCGGCGGGGAGAGGCGAGGAAAAGGCGUCGUCGGAAGAGGGCCUGGGUCUGGUGGCCCAGGAGGAGCUGCUGCUGCUCUUCACCAUGGCAUCCCUGCACCCCGCUUUCUCCUUCCACCAGAGGGUCACGCUCCGGGAGCACCUGGAGCGGCUGCGGAGGGCCCUUUGCCGCGACGUCGCGGAGGACGCGGGCGGGCUCACCUGCCGCGGGGGUCGGAACUUUUCUCAUAACUGCAUGGCAAGGAAUGAGAGCGGUUUACUUGAACAAAGGGCAGCACUUCACGAUAAACAUAUGGUAGCCUCCCACAGACCACAACAAGAAGCUGUUCAUAUUGAAAAGAUAAUGCUGAAAGGAGUACCAAGGAAAAGAGCUGACAAACAUCUGGAGUAUACUUUCAAAGUAAUCUGGUCUGAUAAUUCUAUAUCCUGUGUAACAAAAACACAUCAAGAUUUACAGGAAUUUCUACUGAAACUUCCAAAGGAACUUUCUUCUGAAGCAUUUGACAAUACUAUUUUAGGAGCAUUAAAUCAAGGGUUCCAGAAGCAAGAAGAAAGGCGACACCUAGACUUUGAACCCAUGAUAAGGCAGCUGUUUUCAACAACAUCUCAAGCUUUUCUGCAGAAUCAAAGAGUAAACAGCUUCUUUCAAUCUCUGUCCUCUGAGUCUUUGCACGUGCACAAUAAUCUCCAAUCUUCUCUGAAAACAUCUAAGCUACCAGAACAUUUCAAGGAGGACAGCUCAGAAGCUUCAAGUCAGGAGGAAGAAAUGAUACAGCACACAGUGAUUCACAAGAAACAUAAUGGGAAAUGUCCUAUUACGAACACAGUUAAUACUAAGUGUUCUUCACUGGAUGGCUUCAACAUAAAUUCUGAGCAUAACGGUGUGGCAGACUGGAGAAGAAAAGGCUGUGCUGUUCAGCAGCAUCCAGAGCAUUGCACAUUACUUGAUCAGUAUACAGGGGAGAAGAGAAUUUUGCCUGUAAUGAGCAAGAAGAAAGGAAAGCUCCAACCGGAAAAAGAUAAAAUAAAGAGAACUGACGCCAGGUUUACCAUCAGAACUAGCUGUAUGAGAGUCGCCGAUGCUCACCUCCACCCAGGAACAGUAAAAGAUUCAAAUUUAGACAUUACAAUGGGACAUGACACAUGUGGAGAAACCUCUUCAGAGAGUUACAGUUCUCCUUCUAGUCCACGGCAUGAUGGAAGGGAAAGCUUUGAAAGUGAAGACGAAAAAGACAGAGACACAGAUAGCAAUUCUGAAGAUUCUGGGAACCAAAAUGUGAUGAGAUUUGCUGGUUACGGUGCUACGGACCUCAAUAAGUCACCUGCACAGAUUUCGGUGAGAUCAGACAAUGGAAAUAUCGUAGAGGAUCCUUUGAAUCCACAGUUUCAGCACAUUUCCUUUAUACCUGCUCUGCACUACGUGGUGCACAAUGGUGCACAGAAGCCUGAAACUGUAGUCCCACCACCCAUAUCUGCUGAUGGGAAAACUUUGGGAAUGGUGGUCACAAAUGCAGCUCCUGUUGGAAUGGGCUCCACUGGUGAAUCUGAGAAACACGUUGAACUUCUGUCUUCGCCUUUGUCUACCACUUUCCUCCCGCCCGCAGUCCAGUCUGGUAGCCCUGCAUUGCAUCUAGCAAUACACAGAAUGAAGAUACCUUCGCCGCAGGCGCCGUCUGAAAAUUGUGCAGUUAGUGGACCACAGCAACAAACUGGAAACUUAAGUAUUGGAUCACCAAACACUGCCUUUAUCCCAGUCCACAACCCAGGUAACUUCCACGGGCCCACAGUUCCUACUACAGACCCAAUCUCAAAACCUUCACCCCAUGUGAUGGGCUUAAAUCAAAUGGUGCCUCAUGUUGAGGGGAACGCAGGAGUGAUCCCUCAACCUCCCAGUCUAAAAGUAGUUGUUCCUGCAGCUGGCCUCUCCACAGCACUUCCACCAGCUCCGUUUCCUGUUCCAGUGACUCUUCAUGCUACCAGUGUGUUGCCCAAUCAGAGUACGACUGUGCUGAACACUGUGGCAUCAACACCACCACCUCCAUCAUCUGGUCUGUGCGCUAGUCAGGUCCAGCCUACUGUUCCUCCUGCAAUUCCUACCCACACACCAGGUCCUGCACCCAGUCCGAGCCCUGCUUUAACCCACAGCACAGCCCAGAGUGACAGCACAUCCUACAUUAGCGCUGUUGGGAACACUAAUGCCAGUGGGAAUCUCUUGUCUCCACCGCAGUUGGGGUCUGGGCCCUGCGGGCCGUGUGGGUCUUGUGGUCGCAGAUGCAGCUGUGGGACCAACGGAAGUCUUCAGAUUAACAGUUACAUUUAUACCAAUCCACUACACGGACAGUUCUACCGAGUUCCAUCUUUCAUCCCUCUGCCAUCACUUUGCAGUGGUAGCUACCUCAACCAACCGCAUCAAACCAAUGGAGCACAGAUUCCUUUUUUCGUGCCUCGGGCCUCUUAUGCAAACGGGCAUCUGAUGCAUGACCCCGUAAUGGGGAGCCAAACCAACUACGGUAUGCAGCAAAUGGCAGGAUAUGGGAGGUUGUUCCCUGUGUACCAAGCUUCAAAUGUAGUUGCCAAUACUAAUGGAUCAGGGCCCAAGAAGAAUGGGAAUGUGUCCUGUUAUAAUUGUGGUGUUAGUGGGCACUAUGCACAGGACUGUAAGCAGUCAUCUUUGGAGGCCAGUCAACAAGGCACUUACAGAUUGAGAUAUGCACCUCCCCCACCCCCUUCUAAUGAUACGUUGGAUUCUGCUGACUGAAACCAAGUAAACAUUGCCUACAUACCAAAAUGAAGGUUGGGAAGUCUGGGGAGUUCUUUGGAUUUGAGAGAUUCCUUGUGUGUGUUUGUUUUUAUUUUUUUCCUUUUGCAUUUUUUCAUUGCUCGUGAAUGUCUGUUGUAAUACAAAGGAAGAAAGCGGUUUUGCUCCUGGUCUGACUUGCAUAAAGCAUGUUGCUAUCUCGGCCAAUCAAUCAAAAGAGUAUUUGAAUGAAUAGACUUUUGCACUGAAGAUAUGCAAUGUUUACUGCAUUUUUUUUUUAAAGAAAAGGUCAUUUAACCUCUGACUACACUGGUUGAACAGCCAUACGGUUGAAAGGGGUAAUUGGAGCAUGCUCUCACAAGCCACCUUCCCCUUGCCCUCAUUUUCUCGUGCUGCUAUUGUUCUUUCCCACCUUUUGCUGGGCCAUUAUCUCUCCAUGGGACUGGAUUGAUGUUCAGCCGUUUAUUUCUACACUAGUAAAUUCCUAUGCUUUUGAUCUGAUGGGGGCAUUGCUUGCUUUUUUUGAGAGUUUGGAAAUUCACAAUAGUACAUGUGCAAAAACGGACAAAAAUAAAGAGCUUAUAUGUGCCUAAAAGACACAAAUAAAACAUAGGAUGGGGAAGGCUUAAAGCUGUGUGUGGACCUUUAACUGAUUUCUGAAAUAGAAAUACAUUGAACAAUUUUACUUCUGUUGUAGUAUUUUUUUUUAAGCCUGUUGGUUCAAAUUGUGUAACUGGUAUGAAUGCCUUAGUUUGUGUGUCUGCAUUUGUAAUGACAGUUGGCAGCAAAUCCCUUUAUUAAACAUAUACACUACAUUGUUGAUACAAAAAUGACUUGAUUUUUAACAUCUUCCCCUUUAGUCUGUUACAGUGUUGUGUUAGAAUGUAACUGGUUUAUUUCAAUCUGGUCAAAAAUCUAUGUAUUCUACAGAACCGUCGGGUAUUUGUAUACUAGAACCAGUCUACCAAAUAGCAAUGUCACUUUCUUACGACAAUUUUACCACUGUGUGAUCACGAUAUAAUGUGAAAGGCUCUAAUGAGUGUAAAGAUUGAUCAUGUUAUAUCACAAAGUUUAACACUGCUGUAUUUUAUUUCUCAAAGCCAAGAUGUACUAAAUUGCUUCCAGAUAAUAUUUGAUUUCUUAAGUGCACUGAGUUUAUCUGGAAGAAAGCUUUUGACUGUUGAAAUCAACACUGAACUACCAUCCUUUGUGUACCCAUAGGUAUCACAAUUCAUAGAAGAAAUGUAGAUUUUGCUUUAAAAAAAGAAAAAGAUAUGCAGCAGAUGGGAAGCAGUCAAAACAGUUUCAUUUCAUUUCUAAUUGCUAAACAAGAAACUUGAAGAAGCUUGAUUUACUACAUUUCUUCAUAGAUAGCAUUUAUAUUUAUAGCACCAAUAUAUUUUGAAAGUGAGGGAGUAAAGGGGUAGAUGAGAGCUUUAAUUUAAAAAAGAAAAUUAGCAUAGGAAAUUAUCUCCGUUAUAAAAAGUACUUUUAUUUGCUCUGGGUAUGUUGGACCAUAUUAAAAUGAAAUAAUUGCUUUUGAGUUUAGUGAGGGUGUUGAAAGCACCAGUGGACUUCAUUCUCAAUUAUCUGCCAGUUUACUUUAUGGAACUUUAUGAUUUCAGAUACUGUACUGUAAAUGGGAGGUAUGUUGCCUUCUCUUUAUUUGUAUGUUUACCAUAUACUUUGAUAUUUGAAAUGUUAUGUAUGGGAAAGCUCACUUAUAUUUCUAGAACAAAUUGGAUUUUAUGCAGCAUCUUUCCUUGAAUUAACAGCAAUAAAAAGAGAAAAAAAUCA